AUGGCAUCAACCCUGCCGGAUAUGUAUGAACGAACAAUAACGAUUGGUAGUGCCGGAAAAGCAUUCAGCGCUACUGGUUGGAAGCUUGGCUGGUCAGUUGCACCGGCCGAUUUGCUUGAACCACUGCGAAGAAUUCAUCAAAAUUGUGUAUUCACUUGUUCAACACCAACUCAGGAAGCAGUGGCUCAGGCCUUUGAAAAAGAGCUUGAUAUUAUGGAUUCGAAUGUGGCAAAGAGCUAUUUGUUGAAUGGUCUAACAUCCGAUUUG